ACGUCACCCGCUGGCCAGCGCCCCUUGAGCUGGAGGUAAGCACGAAAGGGAGAAGAUGACGUUUCUAUAAACGCGUGUUGCUGUGGGGGAAAAAGAAGGACGAAUGUAUUUAAUUUAAAACGCUUUUUCAUCGAGCAGUUCGCAGUGUGGUUGUGUACAAUCGCUCGCGACAGCUUAUGUCGAUUUAGAAGGCGUUUGUUGGACGUUAUUGGAGUGCGAGGGGGCGGGUGUCUCGCGCUCGUCUUGCGCAGCCUCACAUGCUCUCAUGAAACGAACACACGGACAAUUUACUUCCACAUUUAUCGCUUAUUUUCGGGAUUCUCGGGAUAAACCCCACCGGAAUCGAUGCGAGGCCCUCUAACGGAUAUUCACCGCUUAUAAUACGUCUUUCAGUUGUAGUCGUUUCUUUGCUCCCCGGCUCAGUCCAGCGUUCGUUCGUUGGAUUCGAUAUGAAUUCCAGUCCGCUUCCGAACGGCAGACUGCUGCCGGACAGCCAGAGCUGGAACUCCUCCGGUUCCGACGAGGACCUGGACGCCGAACCGGGACUCGGACCACACGGAGGGGUGGCGGAAUUCAGCGGUGUGCUCAGUAAGUGGACAAACUACAUUCACGGCUGGCAGGACCGCUGGGUCGUCCUGAAGAACAACACUUUGAGUUACUACAAAUCCCAGCACGAGCGGGAAUAUGGCUGCCGUGGUUCCCUUUGCCUCAGCAAGGCUGUCAUCACACCUCAUGAGUUUGACGAGUGUCGGUUGGACAUCAGUGUCAAUGACAGUGUGUGGUAUCUCCGGGCUCAGGACCCAGAACAUCGGAACCAGUGGAUCGAUUCCAUCGAGCUGCACAGGGCUGAAUCUGGUUAUGGUUCUGAGUCCAGUUUGAGGAGACAUGGCUCCAUGCUCUCCCUCACAUCUGCCACCAGCGGAUACUCUGCCACCUCUACUUCCUCCUUUAAGAAGGGUCACAGUCUGCGGGAGAAGCUGGCAGAGAUGGAGACGUUUCGUGACAUCCUGUGCAGGCAGGUGGACACACUGCAGAAAUACUUUGAUGGCUGCGCUGAUGCAGUGACUAAAGAUGAGCUCCAGAGAGACAAGAUUGUGGAAGAUGAUGAAGAUGACUUCCCUACCACUCGCUCCGAUGGAGAAUUCCUGCAUAACAACAACGGCAGCAAAGAGAAAUUGUUCCAGUGUCUGAGUCAUAAAGGUAUUAAUGGGAUCGACUUUAAAGGAGAGGCCAUCACAUUCAAGGCGACCACUGCAGGGAUCUUGGCCACUCUCUCUCACUGCAUCGACCUGAUGGUGAAGAGAGAGGACAGCUGGCAGAAGAGACUGGAUAAGGAGAUGGAGAAGAGGAGGAGGGUGGAGGAAGCAUAUAAAUCAGCCCUGUCUGAACUCAAGAAGAAGUCACAUUUCGGAGGACCAGAUUAUGAGGAGGGUCCAAACAGUCUGAUCAAUGAGGAUGAGUUCUUUGAUGCAGUGGAGGCCGCUCUGGACAGACAAGACAAAAUAGAAGAACAGUGUGAUAAGAGCAGGCUACAGAGAAGCAACUCAUUGCCUUCAGGAGAUGCCUACUCCACGGUGGGCUCUCACCGAUUCGCCGAAAAACCCCCCUCUCCUCCCUCCUCUCCCUCAUCUUCUGCUGUUAUCUUCACUCCCUCCCUCCAUGAGCACAGAUUCAGUGCUGAGGUGGAGGAGAUGGUUCAGAGUCACAUGACCUACUCCCUGCAGGAUGUGGGUGGAGAUGCUAACUGGCAGCUUGUGGUGGAGGAGGGAGAGAUGAAGGUGUACAGGAGAGAGGUGGAGGAGAACGGAAUCGUGCUGGACCCUCUGAAGGCCACGCACUCUGUCAAAGGGGUCACGGGUCAUGAAGUCUGCCACUACUUCUGGGACACGGACGUCCGUAACGACUGGGAGACUACCGUUGAAAACUUCAACACUGUGGAAACGUUGUCUGAUAACGCUAUUGUCAUCUACCAGACUCACAAGAGGGUGUGGCCAGCGUCUCAGAGAGAUGUCUUGUAUUUGUCUGCCAUUCGUAAGAUAAUUGCCAAUAACGAAAACGAUCCCGAUACAUGGAUCGUCUGCAACUUCUCUGUUGACCAUGAAAAUGCCCAGCCAAACAACAGGUGUGUUCGUGCUAAAAUCAACAUUGCGAUGAUCUGUCAGACGCUGGUCAGUCCACCAGAGGGAGACAAAGACAUCAGCAGAGACAACAUCCUGUGCAAAAUCACAUACGUUGCCAACGUGAAUCCUGGUGGCUGGGCUCCUGCAUCUGUCCUAAGAGCCGUCGCAAAGAGAGAAUAUCCCAAAUUCCUCAAGCGCUUCACUUCCUACGUCCAGGAGAAAACUGCCGGAAAGCCCAUCCUCUUCUGAGCAGCAGUUCCCCAGUUCUGCCAUCAGUGUGCCUACAGUUCCCGCACACUCCUCUAACUACAGCACCCUCUAGUGACACAGACGUCUCGUUGCGUCCCCUUUUCCAGACUGUUCUGAACGCAGCUGCCACCGAAAACAUUCGUAGCGGCUCACAUCUUUAGACGCUUGAUGCAGUUCUGUAGCGCCACAUUAGCUCACACCAGCAGAGGACUAGAGAUGCCUAACGUCAAUGUCUGUUCCAUAUUUUCUGGUAGAUAUAUACAUAUAUAUGUGUGUGUGUGUGUGUAUAUGUAAGUAUGUAUGUAAGUGAGAGAGGAAGUUUAUAUAAUGGAGAAUAUUGAAGCUCAUAAAAUGAGACUGGAACUAUUCAACUCCUGAUUAGCGUUUCAUUUUCUUUUUGAACGAACAUUUCAGCUCUGCUUUGUUUCUUUUCAUAUGAUUAUAAAAAUAAGUUCAGCGUCACCCUAUUCUAAGAUCGAUAUGGUCGCUUUUUUUUUGUUCUGAAAUCGAAGGCAUUUUUGUUCAUGAACUUAAGGGCUUCCGUUGGCCUGUGACGUAUAAACUUGCCUUUCGUCUCAGUUUGUCUCUUUUAUGAAGCCCAACGUCUGGCGCUGACAAAGAGAUGAUAUGAAAGUACAUUUUUUGCUUAGAAUUUCUCAAUUCGUCAAAUCUAAUUCGUUGUAUCCGUGUCUCAUCAACUGACAUAAUGUAGCACAAUUCAAGAUUGAUUGUAACGGGAAUUUUAAAAUGCGUCAGGCUAACGUGAUUAUUUGUACAUAAUUUCAGUGCUGUUGCUUCACAUAUGUCAUGUACGUCAGUCGAUGCUUUUACCUGACUAAUCCAGCUCCAUAUGCCUUAGAGAGGGUGAGAUUGGCGUGAGUGUGUGUUUGUGUCAGACAAAAAAAGAGGUGUGUAUUCUACUUAAAAAAAACAAUUUCGAGAAAAGUGCCUCAUUGAUCUGGUACAUCCAAAAACUUGCUGAUCCGUGUUCAUUUUUCCAAACUACAGACUGAAACACAUCCGCAGUCCUUUAAUGUUUAUACAAUGAUCAGAUUGAUUUCUUACCUCUUAUUAUUAUUUAAAUGUCAUUUUGCAAUCAGCAAAGGAGAGAUUGUGUCAUCAGUAAAUAGUUUUCUCAUUGGAGAAGCCGGAUACCAAUCAAAAUUUUUGUCCAAUAGAGAGACAAGGUUCAAAGUCGGGGCGAGAUCAUAGGUGGUUGUAGAUGGGGUAGAAAUAGUUGCGUUUAUUUAUUUUUCUUGAUCGAAUUUAUUCUUCCAAAGUAAAAGAAAUCGUUGAUGUUCACAAACACUCUUACAAGGCACAAACUAAACUGUACACUAUUGUAUCGUACAAAACGACAAGAGCUUUUAACAGUGCUGAAUUUAAUUUUAUUUUUUUUGCUGAACUUUACAAAUUGAAAAAGCCCAAGAGAUUUUGUCCCUGGCUUUUUCCUCAUUAUAGACUGUUAAAAACCAUAUAGUGGAUGACAGCGACCCUCACGGUAGCCAAGCGUAGCAGAGGUGCACAACUGCAAGAUCUGAUUAUUUACGGUUGAGAUUUUUCCGUCAAAACUUUAAACAUUCCAAACACUCUGACUGAACAGAAUGUAUGAAUUCACCGACGUGAAACCGUCAAACUAAUCCAAAUGUCUUAAGUAAAAACGAAAAAGAUUUCCCCCCACCAGUGUAGUCGUUUGCUCAUUGGAGGGUUUCUCUGUGAAAACGGGCAAUCAGGAAAGGAGUUUUGCACCUCUGAACUGCUAGAGUGAGUGAGUGAGCUUGUGUGUGUGUUGCUCUUAUACAGUCGUGUGUGUUAUUAGUUGCGUUUGCACUGAAUGUAAUGUCAUUAAGGUUCAAAUGUUUUAUGUACAUUAAGUGUCACACUAUAAAGGUGUCUGGAUGAAAGUGUACUGUAAAUAGAGGGCACAGCUACAGCCCUGUUUAGAGAGUAAUAAAAUGAUUGACAUCUU